UCAACUCCAUAACGAUGGAGUCUUCAAUCGCUUUCGACCUUGUCCUUGGAAUUCGUUCGUAUCCAACCCCGAUGCCUAUCGUCUUCGUGCUCUGGCGACUGACCACAUCACUACAGGCUUCCUCCUCGAACUCCUCGUGGUGGCUUCCAUGGUGCUUUGUGUUCCUCUGUGGAAGAGGGCAUUGACUGUUGAAGACGGCCGCGAUUCGGCCCUAGUUCGCGCGCAAGUCGUCAACCUUGUCGGGCUCCUAGCUCACUUUUUCCUCAAAUCGUGGGACUGGUGGGAGUUGAGAUCACUGGAGCGGCCUGUCCCUGCGGACCGUUUCGCUACGGCGGCUACCACUGCGGAUUCAGAGCGCAAAAGCAAUAGUUCGGGAGAGAAACCCGCUCAAGGCUUCGAAAACCUUGAUGCCGCAACCGAGCUUGUCCACACUUUCCUCCGCAUUUUGGAAGGUUACUCCAAGCAAAAUGUCGACCUACAGGUGCGCUCGCGGAAGCGGGCCCGCCGAAAGAAGAAGGAGGACAAAGGCGCCUACCAUAGGGCUGUCUUAAGCGACCUGAAGAACGCAAAGAAUGACCUCAAGAUGGCGAAGAAGUAUCUUGAUGACACGAAGAAGGAACUCGAAAAUGAAAUCAACAUAAUCGCCGCUGCUCUGGUUGUCGCUCUUAAUAAAGCCCAGCUUGAUAUUCACGUCAAGAGGGACUGAGGGAGUGAUAAGUGGUGGGGAACUGGUGCUGCAGUAUGGAGCUUUUGGGAAGACUGGGCGUCUUUGGAUGAAUGUUAAAAGACGAGAGUGUGAGGUGGCCGGAAGAGGGAGGUUGUUGUGGGCGUGUCAUAAGCUUCGAUAUCAUCCAUCCUGGGUUUCGUCGAAGGAUGAGGAAUUUGGGUCAAUAAGAUGGAAGCUUAGC